GUGGUUCUGUAAUGUUUAGAAUCCAGCUCCAGGUGAGAAGGAAGAGAGGGAAGACUGCAAAGUAUUUACAGCAAAAGGAAGAUGAACAUGAAUGCAACAACUGACAACUUAGCCAACUUUACCAUAGUGAAGAACCAGGAGGAUGCUUCCAAUAAUUGUACUGAUAUAGAAGCCUCAUUGAAGAAAUCUUACCUCCCUCCUAUGUACAGCAUAAUCUUUCUGUUGGCUUUCCCAGGAAAUGUGAUUGCAAUUUGCAUAUACAGUUUCAAGAUGAGGCCCUGGAAGAGUAGCACUAUCAUUAUGCUGAACUUGGCCUUCACUGACCUGCUGUACUUAACCAGCCUUCCGUUCCUGAUACAUUACUAUGCCAAUGGAGAGCAUUGGAUCUUUGGAGACUUUAUGUGUAAGUUUAUCCGCUUUGGCUUCCACUUCAACUUGUACAGCAGCAUCCUCUUCCUUACCUGCUUCAGCAUCUUCCGUUACUUUGUGAUUGUCCAUCCCAUGAAGGUCUUCUCUAUUCAGAAAAAGAGAUCAGCAGUAGCAGCUUGCACUGCAGUGUGGGUAAUAUCACUGGUGGCUGUCAGUCCUAUCAACUUUUUGAUCACCUCAAAAGAGAAACAAAACAAAUCCAUGUGCCUGGAUCUUAUCAGUUCUGACAAUCUGGACAUUAUCAGGUGGUAUAACUGGCUUCUGACUGGAUUAGCUUUCUACUUUCCAUUAGUGAUUGUGACCCUGUGUUACACUGUGAUUAUUUACACCUUGGCUACAGGGCCCCAUACUCACACUUGUUAUAAGCAAAAGGCUCGAAAACUUGCCAUCCUCCUCUUGGUGGUCUUUUAUGUAUGUUUUCUACCUUUUCAUGUCUUUAGGGGAGCUCGGGUAGAAUUACGACUCCAUUCAGUUAACUGCCACAUUGAGACCCUAAUCCAUGCUGCUUACAUCAUCUCUAGACCUUUAGCUGCACUAAAUACAUGUGCUAACCUAUUACUUUAUGUUAUGAUUGGAGGCAACUUCCAGAAGGCCAUCCUUUCUCUUUCAAGAUGCAGGUCAGACAACUAUGUUCAGGAGGCAGGGUGCAACAGUGAAGUGAACAAGUCUGGAAUUAUAAUAAAGUUCUGA